AUGAUAUAAUAGUAACGAUAGGUGUUGAAUGAUAAUGAUUUGCAUACAAUAAUAUACAAGGGCGAAAUUGGUAUCAAUCAAUUACUCAUUUCUAGAUUGUCAGGUAUGCAUAUAUUGGAUGCACUCUCUGUUGCCAAUUUCCAUAGUCCUGAUGCCUAGAUCAAAGAACAUUUGUAUAAAACUGCCAAAUAGAAUUACAAGUCAGAUUAAGAACUCCCAAAGUUAAUGUAGAGAUAUGAACUAUCUUUGGCAAUAAUAGAAAAUGAUUCGCUUAAUGCAAAAUAAUAUAUAUCCCUUUAUGCAACAAUCAUGAAAACUAAGAUUAAAGAGUUCUACACAAAUUAGAAGAACCAGCUAUUUAGUAAUGUUUAUGUUCCUCCAAAAUAUUCCAGAACUUUAAAUAUAUUCUGUUAUAGUCCUAAAUCAACAGGUUAUUUGGCCUUGGUUUCAACAGUGUAGAUGAAUACAUUAAUUGCAAUGGAGGAAAUGAUGGCCUAGCUAGACUAAUUGCAAUAAGAUUAGUUCUACACAUUCGAUUUGAUAUUUGAAGAUGUAAAUCUACCCUUUAAGCUUUAGAAUGUAAUACCUUCGAUUAAUUUUACUCCAGAGAAGGAAUAGUAAAAAUUGGUUAGAAGACAUAAGAAAUCGGUAUCAGAACAUUAAAUUUUUGAUUUUUAGAGGGAAUAAAAAGAAUAAUCAAUUAUUAACUAAAUUUAAUCUCUUCCACAAGACAAAGCACUGUUUUUUUCAUAAACAAAAUAGCAGUCAUUCCUCUAAGAUGAUUAUCAGUUUCCAUCAUUAGACUAGAUUAAUUCAUUUAAGCCGUUUCCAAUUUAAGAAGAUAAGAAAAAAACUGAAUAACCCUAAUAUUAAUAAUUAUCUUUCGAUUAGUAGAGAUACGAGGAAGGAAUUCCCAACAUCGAUGAUUUAGAAUUCUUUCCACCUUUAGAUUUGGUAUCAACUGCUAGUUGUCCUUCAUUGAACAAUAAAUUGCAGAUGACAGAUUAAAAGAAACAACCAGCCAAUCCUAUUUACACUGGAAGACUUAAAUUUUUCGAUGAAUAAAAGAAUUAUGGAUUUAUUGUUAUGGAUGAAGAUAAAUCAGAUAUAUUUGUUCAUUUAGAUGAUUUAUAAAAGGCGGGUGUAACUAAAGAGGUUUUGAAAACAUCUAAAUAAGGCUUAUUAUUAAGGUUUUAAUUUAAUUGUAUGGUUUAUGUGGGGAAAUACAAAAAAUCAAGAAAAGCUGUUGAAUUGAAAUUACUAGCGAACUAAUAAGUGAAUAAUUUGAAGGGAAUUGCCUGA